UACAAGAACUAAGCUUGGAUGGGUGGUCUGGAAUGUUCUUCGAGAAAGCGGUACUAUACAAGUCAACAGAGUUCACAUUCAGGAUGAGUCUGGAGAAGACAUCGAAGACAUGGUUAAGAGAUCUAUGAACCUCGAUUUCCCUGAGCGUCUUAUUGACGAUAGAAAAGAAAACUCCAGGGAGGACAAACAAUUUUUGGAUAUGGCUGAAAACUCUAUUUAUAAGGAUGGAGAACAUUACUGCGUUUCGUUGCCAUUUCGUAACAAGGUCACUAUUUUGCCUGAUAACUCGGUAAUGGCUAAACGGAGAUUACGCAGCAUUGAGAACAGGUUCAAGGCAGAUCCCAAGUUCAAAGAAGAUUACACUGCCUUCAUGGAAAAACUGUUGGAGAAAGGUCAUGCUGAACCAGCACCUGUGGGAUUUGACAAAGGAAAGGUCUGGUACAUUCCUCAUCAUGGUGUAUACCACAAGAAAAAGAACAAGAUUCGAGUGGUGUUUGAUUGCUCUGCGCGAUAUCAAGGUGUCUCCCUUAACGACAACUUACUCCAGGGACCUGACCUUACAAACAAUCUUCUUGGUGUGUUGAUGCGAUUCCGGGAGGAACCAGUGGCUGUCAUUGGAGACAUUGAAGCGAUGUUCUAUCAGGUGAAGGUCCCAGUAAAUGAAAGAGACUAUCUGCGAUUUUACUGGUGGCCUAACGGGAAUACUGCGAAUGAGCCAAGAAGCUACAGGAUGACGGUUCUCCUGUUUGGAGCCUCAUCAUCUCCCAGUGUUUGCAACUUUGCUCUUCAGAAAACUGCAGAGGACAGUCAAGAACGGUUUCCCCAAGAAGUUCAGGACACACUGAAAAGAAAUAUGUAUGUCGAUGACUGUCUGACCUCCGUUGCUACAGAGAAGAAGGCGAUUAGUCUUAUACAUGAUGUGACUCAAAUGUGUAAAUCCGGAGGAUUCCGACUUACCAAAUGGACGAGUAACAGUGAUGAGGUUGUGGAAUCUAUUCCAGAGGGUGAUCGUGCCCAAGAAGUCAAGUUGUGGAGUCUGGAUAGUAAGCCACCUAUCGAAAGAGCUCUCGGAGUUUAUUGGUUCAUGGAGAAUGACUCCCUUGGAUUCCAAAUUCAGAUGAAAGAGAAGCCCGUUACUAGAAGAGGUAUUCUAUCAGUAACCAGCUCGGUGUACGAUCCCUUAGGAAUUGCAUCCCCGUUCGUUCUUAAGGCCAAGUCAAUUCUGCAAAGACUUUGUAGGGAUGGUAAGGGAUGGGAUGAGGAGAUCACAGGAAAAGAUCUGAAGGACUGGACCGAUUGGCUGCUUCAGCUACCUGAACUAGAGCAUGUUACCAUUGAUCGGUGUUACAAAGGGAAAAACCUCGGCAAGGUAACCUCCUGUCAACUUCAUGGUUUCGCAGAUGCAAGUGACAUUGGAUAUGGAAUGGUAUUCUAUCUUCGACUUGUUGAUGUCACCGGAAAGAUCCACUGCUCGUUCUUGUUCGGGAAGGCGAGAGUCGCACCACUGAAGGCAGUGACUAUACCCCGGAUGGAACUUACAGCAGCCUCUUCUCUAGUGAAGUUGGGCAGGAUGGUGACAGAACAGCUGAAUUACAACAUAGAUCGAUUCUUCUUUUGGACUGACAGCACUUCAGUCUUAAGGUAUAUCGCAAACAAGAAUUUGCGCUUCCACACGUUCGUAGCUAACCGCAUUGCUCUUAUCCACGAAGCUACGUCGGAAGAUGACUGGUAUUACAUCAACACUAAGGAGAAUCCAGCUGAUGUUGCAUCAAGAGGAACGAGCAUUUCGAAGUUGCCUGACUCGUGGACUCGUGGACCAAUGUUCCUCUGGAAAUCCGAACGUGAAUGGCCCGUUGUGGAAAAGGAUGUUAAGAUCACGGAUAAAGAGAAUGAUCCUGAAAUAAGGACGACUGCGUGCGCUACAUCAGUUGUUUUAGACACAAACAGUGGUGUCGAAAAUCUUUUCGACUAUUACUCCAACUUUAAUAAGCUUAGGAGAGCUACUGGAUGGCUUAUGAGAGCUAUGGACAACCUGCAGGGAGCUGUUGAGAGGAGCCGGCAGAUAAAACAGGACAUCAGCAGUUCAGAAUCUGAUCCUGUGAAACGCGACCAGAAAAUAAAGUUAGCAUUGUCGAAAGAGAGACGGGAUAGACUUAUCAAAGGACAGAAAAACCUUCGUACAGCAUGCCUGUCUGUGGAUAUUCUGGAUCGGGCUGAAGCUUCGUUGAUUAAGUAUGAGCAACGAAAGUACUUCGCAGCCGAAAGCAAGAUCCUUCACGAGGACAAUGGUGUUCAGUCACCAAAACUCAAGAAGACUUCGAAAUUAUUCAAGAUGGACCCCUUCGUUAAAGAUGGCGUCAUUCGCGUAGGAGGUCGUCUUGAAAGAGCUGAAAUUUCGUAUGAUGCAAAACACCCUGUGGUGUUGCCUAGGGAAUCUGUCGUAUCGAGACUCGUUGUGGAUGAUGCCCACAGAUCAUGUGGUCACUUAGGAAAGAACACUGUGCUUGCAUUCAUUCGAGAAAAAUAUUGGAUUGUUGGUGCUCGCACUCUGGUGAAAUCUAUUCUUUCCAAAUGUGUGACUUGUAGGAAAUACAGAGCUCCAUGUGUUGAGCAAAAGAUGGCGAACUUACCCGCAGAGCGACUCGCAGCUGAUCAGCCUCCUUUCAGCAGGACUGGGAUGGACUUCUUCGGACCCUUUGAACUGAAACGCGGAAGGAGUGCUGUAAAGCGAUAUGGGGUAUUGUGUACCUGUCUUGUGACUCGUGCGGUCCAUUUAGAAGUUGCUGCAUCGCUCGAUACAGAUUCUUGCAUCAACUCCAUUCGACGAUUUAUCGCUCGCAGAGGAAAACCUGUAUUUAUUAGAUCGGAUAACGGAACCAACCUUGUCGGUGCUCAACGAGAAAUGAAGGAAAAUAUUCAGAAAUGGAACACAGACAAAAUUCGUGAUAACAUGUUGCAGAGUAGCAUUCAGUGGGAAUUCAAUCCUCCCUCCGGUUCUCACUUCGGCGGAGUCUGGGAAAGACUCAUUAGGUCUGUGAGACAGGUGUUGUACUCUGUUAUGCAUGAGCAGAAUGCGAAACUGGAUGACGAAGGACUUCAGACACUCUUUUGUGAGGUAGAGGCUAUCUUAAAUGGACGCCCGUUAACUGAAGCAUCGGAUAACGUAACUGACCUACGGGUUUUGACCCCAAACCAUCUGCUAUUGCUUCAGCCUGGAGAGUAUUUCCCACCUGGAACAUUCGUCGCCACGGAUAACUAUGCCAGAAGGAGGUGGAGACAGAUACAAUACCUUUCAGAUAUUUUCUGGAAUAGGUGGACCAAGGAAUACUUGCCGCUUCUGCAAGGCCGCCAGAAAUGGAUGAAGAAACGACGCAAUAUGCAGACUGGAGAUCUUGUGCUGAUCGCUGAUAGUACACCUAGGCAUGCGUGGAUAACCGGUAGGAUUCAGGAAGUUGUGAAAGACAAACAUGACAUUGUGCGAUUCGUGAAGGUUAAGACCCCUUCCAAUGUGUUAACGCGUCCAGUGACCAAACUCGUGCUCUUGCUCGAGUCAGACAUUGAGUAAUGGAUACGGUGAACGCUUGAGUGAAAGGACAAUUCGAACUAAAAUAUCAGAUGUACUUUUGUAAUUGUAAUUAUUGUAUGAUUAAGCAUAAUGAUUUAAUUGAUGUGUUUGAUGGUUAUUAGGCCGUUUUUGCGAAUUGAUAAUCUCGGUUGAAGCCUCGAUUAAGGGGCCGGUAUGUUACGGCCUAAAUGUUAGUUUUAUGUUGAAUUUAUUGUUUAGUUUCAUUUGUGGUAAUUUUGUUAAGAUUCCGGAAAAUACGGUUAUCCGGUUUCCGGUUUUAGUAUAGACGAAUAUUAUGGGAUAGCGUUAUCCAAGCGCAGCACAUGUUUUGAGUAUGAGAAGAUUCGUUCGGACUAUCGUAGGAUACGAUACGUCAAUCUAUCUACGUAGAACUAUCACUGAGUCAAUACACCUGUACUAUACUUGUAUGUAGUUGAUGUCAAAGAUAAUAAACACAGAUGAAGCCA